UUCAAUUAAUAAUUAAAAAAAAAUUGAGAAUGAAACUGGAGAAGUGCAUAACUGAGAAGAACGUGAACCAGAACAUGCUGAACAUACAGUACGCCGUGCGAGGCCCCAUACUGGACAGAGCUGUGCAGAUCGAACGGGAAAUUGAGAAAGGUGUAAAGAAACCCUUCGAGCGCGUGGUACGCGCCAACAUCGGCGACUGCCACGCCUUGGGACAACCGCCUAUCACUUUCAUUAGACAGGUGUUAGCUUUAGCAGCAUGCCCGGCGCUGAUGUCCUCGCCGGACAUAACGGACGACGUGAAGGGGCGCGUCAGGCAAAUACUGGAAGAUUGCACGAAGGGUUCAGUCGGCUCCUACUCUCCCUCCAACGGCCUGAACGUGGUGCGACAGCGCGUGGUGCAGUACCUCACAGCUCGCGACGGCGUGGCGGCUUCCCCUGACGACAUCUACCUCGGCUCCGGGGCCUCUGACGUCAUCAAGGCUGUCCUGAGCUUGUUCGUGCAGGAUAUCGAUGGGAAACCACCUGCGGUGAUGAUCCCGAUUCCACAGUACCCCUUAUUCUCGGGUACUCUGUCCGAGCUGGGCUUGCGGCAAGCCAACUAUUACCUGGACGAGGAGCACGACUGGGCGCUGCAGGUCCAGGAGUUGGAGCGCAGCUGGCGAGAGGCUAGCCAGGACUCUCACGUUCGAGCUCUGGUGGUUAUCAACCCUGGAAAUCCUACUGGACAGGUCCUCACCCGUGGGAACAUGGAAGACAUCGUAAAUUUCGCCUACGAACACCAGCUGUUCAUCAUGGCUGACGAGGUGUACCAGGAGAAUAUCAUCAGCAAACCCUUCCAUUCGUUUAAAAAGGUGAUGCACGAGAUGGGAGCUCCCUACAGCAGCAUGGAGCUAGCCAGCUUCGUGACGUGCUCUAAGGGCUGGGCGGCGGAGUGCGGGCUGCGCGCCGGCUUCGUGGAGGCGGCGCGGCUGCAGCGCGGCGUGCGCGCGGCGUUGACGGCCGCGCGGGCAGUGGCCCAAUGCCCUUCCGUGCUGGGCCAGUGUGUGCUUGACUGCGUGAUGAAACCGCCAGCUCCCGGCGAGGCGUCCUACCCUCAGUUUAUCCGGGAGAAGAAGGCCACGCAGCGAACCCUCACCGAGCGCGCCAGCACAGCAUAUCGGGAGUUCAACAGCAUCCCUGGGUACUCUUGCAACACUAUUGAUGGUUCCAUGUUUGCGUUUCCACGCGUGGAGUUGCCAGAGCGGGCUCAACUGGCGGCUGCCGAGUUGGGAUUGAAACCUGAUGAGUUUUACUGCUUGCGAUUGCUUGAGGAGACGGGAGUGUGCGUGGUGCCGGGGUCGGGGUUCGGGCAGCUGCCGGGCAGCUUCCACCUGCGCACCACCAUCCUGCACCCCCCAGACGAGUUCCAGCACAUGAUGGACUCCAUACGACGAUUCCACACGACCUUCCUCAACAGAUACUCUUAACUAGUGUCAAGUCAUUUGCUAUCUGCAUUCUGUGAUAUUUUAUUACCUAUCUUGUGUUAUAUGUUUUAAUUGUAAU